CUCAGUCUCCUUCCUGAGGUGGCAGCUCAGCCUCCAGAGAAGAGUUCGAGACUCGGAGAGAUCCCUCGGUUUCAGACCCCGCCGACGCCCCGACCCCGAAAGACUUUCUUCCUCUGCUGGUUUCCCGUCCCCGUGGUCACGGUACUGCAGCUCACCGCUGCCGUGAAAGAGUCCAGUGAGCUGUUCGCUGCCGUCCGGAUCCUCGGGUCUCUGGCCACCAGCCCUUUGCUCUGCACAUACCGCUGGACCCGCAAGCUGGAGAACCACAAGCUGUGACCUCCCUGACCCCCCAUCGGCCUUGGGGAUUAGCAGAAAGAGAAGGAGCAUCGCCUAGUGGAAAGGAGGAGGACCAUGGAGAACAGUUCAUUCCCUCUGGAUGUCCUUGGCAGUUCGAAAGUUCCACCGGUGGCCCCCCCCUCCGCCUCCCUGCAGAAGGGCCUGAGAUUCCUCCACAUCCUGUCCUUGGCAGUCUUCGUCGUCGCCUUCCUCCUGGGCACGGCCGGCAACGGGCUGGUCAUCUGGGUGUCCGGCUUCCGCAUGCCCCGCUCGGUCAACGGCGUCUGGUACCUCCACCUGGCCGUGGCCGACUUCACCUUCUGCCUCUUCCUGCCCUUCAGCGUGGUCUACGUGGCCCUGGGAUUCCACUGGCCUUUCGGCCGGCUGCUCUGCAAACUCUACAACUCGCUGAGCGUCCUCAACCUCUUCGCCAGCGUCUUCCUGCUGACCCUCAUCUCCGCCGACCGCUGCGUCUGCGUCCUGUGGCCCGUCUGGGCCCGGAACCACCGCACCUGGGCGAGGGCCAACCUGGUGGCUCUGGGCGCCUGGCUCAUGGCCCUGGUCCUUAGCGGUCCCUACGUGGUGUUCCGGGACAUCGCCGUCAGCUCAGGGACCGGGAAGACGGACUGCGUCAUCAACUACGACCCCUGGAACGAGACCCGGGGGGACCCGGGGCGGAGGCCGGCCGUGGAGGGGCCCCGGUUCUCGGCCCUGGUGCUCACCCGCUUCGUGCUCGGCUUUACGGUGCCGCUGCUCGUCAUCGGGGGCUGCUGCAUCCUCCUCGCGAGCCGGAUCUGGCGCCAGCGCCUGGCGCGUUCCAGUCGGCCCUUCCGGGUCCUCGGGUCCGUGGUGGCCGCUUUCUUCCUCUGUUGGUUCCCCUUCCACCUAGUGUCGCUCAUGAGCCUCGUGUCCAUCCUGGGCCGGCGGUCGGACCUGAACCGCUUCGUGUCCGUCCUGUGGCCGCUGGCCUUCUGCCUGACCUGCGUCAACAGCUGCCUGAACCCCGUGCUCUACGUCUUCCUGGGCCGGGACUUCCGGGAGCGUCUGCUCCGCUCCCUGCCCGCCGCCCUGGAGCGUGCCCUCGCCGAGGAGUCCGGCUCCGCUUCCGGCUUGAAGAAAAGCACGCUGCACUCCAUGCCCGCGGACGGCGAGUUCCAAGAGCUGCGGGGGGCCUUGACCUGAAGGCCCCACCCCCCUCACCCCUCAGGCCGGGCCCAACGGCCUCCUCCCUCCCUCCCCGUUCCGACUUCCGGUGGUUGGGCCGGAACCCUCCGGUGCCAAUAAAAAUUGUUUUCUGACCUUA